AACUGCUUUAACAAGAAUAACAUACGUGAGAUACAUAACAAUUUCAAAUCUUUCUUGAAGUUCUCAAUAUUCUUCCGCUUCGAUUAUUCUAUCACCUUGUUACCUUAUUACCUUACCUUGUUGAUGUUACUAUGUGUUGUGUCUGCUUCUUUUACUUUUACCUUGAGCCGGGGGUCUACGGAAACAACCUCUCUACCUGCGGACACUCUACCCCUCCCAGACCCCACUUUGUGAGAUUGCACUGGAUGUUGUUGUUAUCGUCGUAUUGAAGUUCUCAAUAUAUUAGCAGCCUUAAGUUCUAGUUCAUUCUUGUUUCUCAUACAUCCCUAACAAAGACAUUAUGGCAUGUAACAUCGAAGUUACAGAGUUACAAGGGAAGCUGGUUUACCCUGAAAAAAAGAGAUUGAGCAAUGAAAAGUUUGGGAUUUUCGGUGGGAAGUUCGUACCUGAGACGCUUAUAUCUUCUUUAACAAAGCUUGAUUACGAAUUCAACUCUACUUUGCAUGACCCUCAGUUUCAGAUGGAGCUUGGAGUUGCACUAAGGGACUACGUAGGCCGUGAAACUCCUUUAUACUUAGCUGAGAGACUAACAGGUUACUAUAAGAGCAGAAAUGGGGGAAAAGGGCCAGACAUCUAUCUAAAAAGAGAAGAUCUGAACCAUGUUGGAGCACAUAAGAUCAACAACGCUAUUGCACAAACAAUGUUAGCUAAGCGAAUGGACUGUAAGAAUAUAAUAGCAGCCACCGGUGCUGGCCAGCACGGCGUCGCGACGGCGGCUGCCUGUGCAAAACUCUCAUUGGAGUGUACUGUAUUCAUGGGAAGCUUAGAUACGGAGAGACAACCUUCUAAUCUACUCUUGAUGAAGCAUCUUGGUGCAAAGGUCAAAUCUGUUAAAGGAAGUUUUAAAGAUGCAGUGUCAGAAGGCAUUCGACAUUGGGUUAACAACUUGGAGACAAGCUAUUUCUUAUCAGGUGCAGCGAUAGGACCACACCCAUGUCCAACCAUGGUUCGUGAAUUCCAAUCAGUGAUUGGAAAAGAAACGAGGAAACAAGCCAUGGAAAAAUGGGGUGGCAAACCAGAUGUGUUGGUGGCUUGUGUUGGUACUGGCUCUAAUGCAAUGGGUUUGUUUCAUGAAUUUAUUGAAGAUGAAGAUGUGAGGGUAAUAGGAGUUGAGGCUGGUGGGGUAGGUCUUGAUUCAGGUAAACACUCAGCAACUUUGGCUAGAGGUCAAGUUGGAGUGUACCAUGGAGCCAUGACCUAUCUAUUACAGGAUGAGGAAGGACAAAUUAUUGAACCACACUCAAUAGGUGUGGGAUUAGAGUACCCAGGUGUUAGCCCAGAGCUUAGCUUUCUAAAAGAAAUUGGGCGUGCAGAGUUUUCUAUUGUCACAGAUGAACAAGCCUUAGAAGCAUAUAAACGGUUAUGCAGGCUAGAAGGGAUAUUCCCAGCCUUAGAAGCUUCACAUGCACUUGCAUUUCUUGACAGACUUUGCCCUACUCUAGAGGAUGGUGAGAAGGUGGUUGUUAAUUUAAGCGGCCACGGAGAUAAGGAUGUUGCCACAAUCUUCAAUCAUACAACAAAAAAUGAAUGAAUGAAUUACAACAUUAAUGAACUUUAUAUAUAUAUAUAUAUAUAUAUAUAUAUUUUAAAUUGUAUACAAACAAAGAGAUAUAUAUUACUGCCAACCUAGCAAAGUAGGAUCACAAAUCAAAUUAAGAGAUAUUCUAGUCCCUAAGUGAGUCAGUGACAAUAUUCUCAAAGGUGUUUCACGUACAUUGCUAUAUCCAUAAUAGAUAUACUAGUAGUUAAUUUGAUAUAUAGUUUAGUGUAAAUAUUGGACGAAAACAAUAUUUUUCGAUGUACUCAAAUACUACUGUGUAAGGAUAACAAUACAAAUAAACAAUCUAAACUUCUUGUCGACUGCAAAAACCAAAAAAAAAAAAAAAAAAAAAUGAAGAAGAAGAGAUUUUACAUAAUUGGCCGCUUGGACCAAACUUUUAAGAGAAAUUUUCAUAAAGCACUAUCUUUUAGUAGUAAUUAGCCAUCUAUAGAUACCAUUUGUUAUA